AUGUUUCAAACAACAACACCUCAAUCCAACAUGCUGCAAGAUCCAAAUCAGCAGUCACAACCACAAUCCUUCAUGAAUAACAUCAACACCAUCACUCCCGAAGAUUCCGAAACUGCCAUGAAUUUAUUAUCAAUGGCAACUUCCAAUCCACAACCAUUAAUGAACGGAAAUUUGAAUGAAACAAGACAAGAUCAAGCCAGUGUUGCAGAAUCAUCUUCUUUGGCUAGAUCCACGGAACCACAGACAACCCUUCAACAACAACAAACAGAUAUGGACAUUCUAUUAUCAUUGAUGAUGGCUUGUCGGAGUGGAGAUUUGGAAGAGGUGAAAAGAUGUGUGAGUACGGGACGAGUGGAUUUUAAUGCACAUGAUCCGAAAAGUAUUUAUGGAACACCUCUAAUGAAAGCCAUUUCAAACGGUCAUUUGGAUAUAGUUUCCUAUUUGUUAGAUGCAGGAGCAGAUGUCACAACCAUGAGUUGGGAUAAGGAUUCUUCAGCCCUCCAUUUAGCCAUUGAAAAGAAAGAUCUUGAAAUGGUAAAAUUAUUAUUGCAUUCUGGAAAGGUUGACAAGGAAUGUAAAAAUGGUCACGGAGAAACAGCUGUUGAAUAUGCCAUUCGGCAAGGGAGUGUCACAAUUGCUGAUUAUGUAAAACAGUAUGAUCAUGACAAGUAUUUGAAUUCGAGAAGAAACGAAGCCUUAAAGAGAAGUGAAAAUCAAGUGAUGGCUGAUGCAGAAUCACCAUUUCAACAAGCUUCUUUUUAUCCAAUGAAAAAGCGCAAAUAG